ACGAGCCAUGAAGUUUGAGAGUGACCUAUCCGUCUCUCCCAGGCCCUGGGUUCGCUCUUGGAUCACUGUGCCAUAGACGCUGCCUUCUGUUCUCAGGGCUUAUGGUGGGCAGAGAGUCUGUGGGGCAUUUGGCUGCCUUCCUGCUGCUGAGCGCAGAAGGCCGUGGCCGGGUUCCAGACCUGGCAUUCCCGAUGUAGGCUUUGCUCCUGCCUCAUCCCCCGGGGCACUCUUGUGCAUUUCUCUGCACUCAUGUUCACACAUCCUUUUGUCUGACUUGGUCAUCUGUCUCUCAGCUCUGUGGAGGGACCCUCUGGUAUGUGCAUCCCUGUCUUUCUGGGGCGUGGACGGUGCCCGGGACCCAGCUAGCAACCAGUUGAAGACGUUCUCCUUGGAAGCACUUGGCCCCGAGGGCUCUUGCCUGGUGUGCUGGUCCUGCCAUGGCCUUCCGGAGGACUGAGGGCAUGUCCAUGAUCCAGGCCCUGGCCAUGACAGUGGCCGAGAUCCCUGUGUUCCUGUACACAACGUUUGGCCAGUCUGCAUUCUCCCAGCUGCGGUUGACACCAGGCCUACGGAAGGUCCUCUUCGCCACGGCCCUGGGGACUGUGGCCUUGGCCCUGGCCGCCCACCAGCUGAAGAGGCGACGGCGGAGGAAGAAGCAGGUCGGCCCCGAGAUGGGAGGCGAGCAUCUGGGCACAGUGCCCCUCCCCAUCCUCAUGGCCAGGAAGGUCCCGUCGAUGAAGAAAGGCUACUCCAGCCGGAGGGUACAGAGCCCUAGUAGCAAGAGCAACGACACCCUCAGCGGCAUCUCCUCCAUCGAGCCCAGCAAGCACUCGGGCUCCUCCCACAGCUUGGCCUCGAUGGUGGCGGUGAACUCAUCCAGCCCCAUGGCUGCGUGCUCGGGACCAUGGGACACCAGAGGGAUGGAGGAGUCUGUGACCACCAGUGAUGGCAACGCCGAGAGCCUCUAUGUGCAAGGCAUGGAGCUGUUCGAGGAGGCUCUGCAGAAGUGGGAGCAGGCGCUGAGUGUGGGGCAGAGGGGGGACAGUGGCAGCACCCCCACACCAAGGGACAGCCUCCGGAACCCCGAGACUGCUUCAGAGGCACUGUCUGAGCCAGAGUCACAGCGAAGAGAGUUUGCAGAGAAGCUGGAGUCUCUGCUGCACCGGGCCUACCACCUGCAGGAGGAGUUCGGGUCCACCUUCCCAUCUGACAGCAUGCUGCUGGACCUCGAGCGGACCCUCAUGCUGCCCCUGACCGAGGGCUCGCUGCGUCUGCGGGCGGAUGAUGAGGACAGCCUGACUUCAGAGGAUUCCUUCUUCUCUGCCACCGAGCUCUUCGAGUCUCUGCAGGUCGGCGAUUUCCCGAUCUCACUGUCCAGGCCCGCCGCCGCCUACGAGGAGGCCCUGCAGCUGGUGAAGGAGGGGAAAGUGCUCUGCCGGACCCUCCGGACGGAGCUGCUGGGAUGCUACAGUGACCAAGACUUUCUGGCUAAGCUGCACUGUGUGCGACAGGCCUUUGAGGGCCUUCUGGAGGACCAGAGCAACCAGCUUUUCUUUGGGGAGGUCGGCCGGCAGAUGGUGACAGGCCUCAUGACCAAGGCUGAGAAGAGCCCCAAAGGCUUCCUGGAGAGCUAUGAGGAGAUGCUGAGCUAUGCCCUACGGCCGGAGACCUGGGCCACCACGCGGCUGGAGCUGGAGGGCCGUGGGGUGGUGUGCAUGAGCUUCUUCGACAUCGUGCUGGACUUCAUCCUCAUGGAUGCCUUCGAGGACCUAGAGAGCCCGCCGGCCUCGGUGCUCGCUGUCCUGAGGAACCGCUGGCUAUCGGACAGCUUCAAGGAGACGGCCCUGGCCACUGCUUGCUGGUCGGUUCUCAAAGCCAAGAGGAGGUUGCUGAUGGUGCCCGAUGGCUUCAUCUCCCACUUCUACUCCGUAUCGGAGCAUGUUAGCCCUGUCCUGGCCUUCGGCUUCCUCGGACCCAAGCCCCAGCUCGCUGAAGUCUGUGCUUUCUUCAAGCACCAGAUCGUGCAGUACCUGAGGGACAUGUUCAACCUGGACAACGUACGCUACACCUCGGUGCCCGCUCUGGCGGACGAUGUCCUGCAGCUGUCCCGGCGCCGCAGCGAGAUCCUGCUCGGCUACCUGGGGACGCCGGUGGCCAGCAGCAUCGGCCUGAAUGGUGUGCUGCCCCGAGACAGUGGACCCCCAGAAGAGCUGCAGUAGUGGCGGCCGCAGGCUGAGGGGGGUGGCUGCUGGGGACUCAGCCACGUGGACGAUGGCAGAGAGCAGGCGCCUGCUUCCUCCUUCGGGGUGGCAACGAAGGGCCUCGACGUCUUUGGCCAUCAGCAGCAGCAGAGCCCAGGCCAUGGUGGCUAAGGGCAGUUGCCCCUGACCUUGCCCCUCCAUCAUCUGGGAAUACCCAAGGCUUGGGGGCAAACUUCUUUGGAGAGAGAUGGAGCCCCUAGGGGCCCACCUAUCUGCCCUCAGGGGAAGCAGGGACUGGACCGGUGGCCAGUGGGGCCUGAGGGAGAGGAAAGGGGGUGGAGAGAGAGAGAGAGAGAGAGAGAGAGAGAGAGAGAGAGAGAGAGAGAGAGAGAGAGAGAGAGAGAGCGCGCGAAUGUAGAGAUGUUUGAGAAUUGGGACAGGCAGAGCUGGGAUGUCCUGGGUGUGGGACCCCAAAACCUCCCACCACCCCAGGGCCACUGAUGAGCAGGGCUGGUGGAGGUGAAAGAUGGGGGUAUCAGGGCUCUGUGAUGAAGGUCACCAGUGCCCCAAGCUAGAAGGAACCUGGGCUGGACGGUCUCAAAAUCCAGGCAUCUGGCUGUCUAGUCCUGACGACCCCUCGCCCCAGCCACCGCCCUAGAGAGUCAGCAGCUCUAGAGAAGGAGGGCGGGGGCCUCAGAGCGGGGCCGGGCACCUUGGUGGGCAGCAGCGGGUGGGACGGGAGAGGGCCGGCUUUCCUUGUGCUUGCAUCUGUGCAGGGACUGGGCCGUUGACACACCUGAGCACCAGACCAGGACGCUGUCCUCUGACAGUCCCUCUCCCUGCCAAAGACCGUCAUUUCUCCUCCCACUUCUGCCACCACCCAAAGACAGAGGAGGUGGGGCUCCCACCUCCCACCCACCCCGUUCUGUGAGCCCAGGCUCCCUGCGUGGUGCUAGGCAUUGAGCUGCAGGCUCUGACCAGGGGUCACCUCAGCCCUGUCAUCUGUGCUGCUGUUGGCCGCAGCCCCAGGAGUGAGGGGCCCAGGGACCACGUUGGAGAGGUCAGAGGGCACACGUGGCUGGACCAGCUCCGCAGCCUUCACCAGGAGAAGAAACUGCCCAGCACUUAGCCUUCAACUGGAUGCACAAAUGUUCUUGAGCCGUGCAGCUGUGUGGAGCCAGCCUUCCCGCUGGUCCUGCAGAUGGAGGCCAUCAGUAAUUGUCCCCACGUCAUUUGUCCCCAUGUCUACAGGGCUAUAAGCCCUGUAGACUCACUUCUCUUAUGGUGUUUUCACCUGAGCUGGGAUAUUUUAUUUAUUGCCUUAACACUUUAUUUUGAGGUUCUGCUCCUGUCCAGGUUGAGAGGCCUGCGAAAGAAAGAAACUUCUCUUGGUUCUCCAUUCUCUAGAUUUGGGGGACUGGCUCCUCAGGCUGAGAUCCCUCUCCCUUGAAUGACUAAGGGGUCCCAGGAGUGGAGUGAUCUUACCAAUUUGGGGAUGGAGGGAGAGGGGAGAUGGGAGAGGAAGCUGCUGGGCAAGGCCCAUUAUCUGUGAGCCCACGCCUCCCGGUGUCUCCCCGCCUCCUCCCCAGACUGGAGGAUGGCUGUGCACUAACCUUGGUUCUGGCUCGAAACCCACCUCUCUGAAGUCAAAGUCAAGGUCAAUGCACUGCCUGAAGACUCCUGGGAGGGAAGGACCUGGGGUGGCCCUCCUCCAUCCCAACAUUCCGUUCGUUGCACUUACCCUGCGCUGUGAAUGUAAUCUUGGGCCUGGGCCCCAGCCCACUCUGAUUUGCUCCCAAAUCACACAGAAGUGGCAUUUUCAUUUUGUCUUUGUUUACACAUCCAUGCACUGCCUCUGGCACUUGAUCGGUUGCAGCUUCUAACUUUUGAUGGUAGAGCGUGUGUGCAUCAACUUCAAGUCAAAUAAAUGACUUAAAGAAUUUCCUUCCA